AUUGUUCAUCGUUCACGUGUCCGUGUGCGGCUAUCCUCCUGCUACCUCUUGAUUAUGAGCGCGCCAGCAGCUGAUCCAGCUAAGAAGCCAAAGACUGCCAAUCCCAAGGCUCCGGUAUCGCACCCACCAGUCAUUUACAUUGUGGAGGAUCGUAAGGGACCUUCUCUACCCACGAUCAAGAAAUACAUCGCCGUCAACUAUAAGGUAGAUGUCGCGAAGCUCGGACCCCAUAUCCGUCGUGGAAUCGUACACGCGGUCGAGAAUGGUGUCCUUGUUCACGUAGGCAACAAGGCCAAAGGUAAGUCUGGGAGGUUCAAGUUGGAUGAGAAGAAGGCGACCGUGAAAAAGCCCGAGGCACCGAAGGUUAAGAAGGCUGCAACCCCAAACAAGCCAAAAGUGGCGAAAAAGCCGCUAAGCCUAAGGCCAAGACCUCGUCAAAGCCUAAAGCUGUGGAGGCCAAAAAGGCGACGCCCAAAAGGCCAAAGAUUCCCAAGAAGCCUGCGGCUACGAAGGCGGCUCUUAAGAAGAAUUUCCUGUUACCGGGAUUUAGACAGUUAG